GUGACACCUCUGUCCCGUGGUAUUUGACUUAACAAAAGAUCCACGGUAUCCACUUACAAGACCGAAAUAUAUUUAAUGACUGACAGUUACCGCAGUAUUUGACAUGGCUUUGUCCGGGAAAGUAGCGAUAGUAACUGGAGCUGCACAGGGCCUAGGGAAGGCGUUUACUGAACGACUGUUGCAGCGUGGAGCUCGGCAGGUUUGUGUCGCCGAUGUCAAGGUGGAAGAUGGGCAGAGAACUGUAUCGGACUUUGGCCAGACGUAUGGCAAAGAUCGAGCGACGUUCGUCAAGUGUGACGUGUCUAACGAAAAGGAUUUGGAAGAUCUGUUCGUGGCGGUUAAACGUCGAUACGGACCAUUGGACAUCAUGGUAAACAACGCUGGGAUCGCCAAUGAAACGAACUGGAGUAAAAUGGUCGACAUCAAUAUGAAAGGACUAAUGAAAGGGACGUUUCUGGCUAUUGAAGCGAUGAGAAAAGACACGGGUGGUCAUGGAGGUGUGAUUGUCAAUGUCGCCUCCUCUGCAGGAUUGACGCCGGUCUUUUGUACACCUUCAUAUUGUGCGUCGAAGUACGGCGUCGUUGGAUUCACCCUUAGUUGGGCGGAGAGUCGGACUAUAGUGGACCUUGGGAUUAGGUUUGCAGUGAUGUGCCCCGCCUUUACGGACACUGAGAUCAUAAAACUGGGAACUAAUUCCAUCAUGUUACAGCCAGAACUAGCUACUAAAAUGAUGGAUUUUGUUGGAAUCAACAAGGUGGAGACCGUUUCAGACGCGUUUAUGCAACUUGUGGAUGACCCAGAGAGUAACGGGACAAUCGCAACCAUAACCGCUAAUCACGGAAUUCGAUUUAAGCGGCACAAGUUCACCAAUUUGAGCAUGCUAUGAAGAAUCAGCCCAAACCCCAAUCCACGUGCUUAUAAAACUCAAAUCUAGACUCCAGACCUGUGAAGUCUCAUGUGCAUACACAAAAGGUGAAAUGGGAUCAGAUUUGUGGUGUGCACAGGUUCUGAAAUAAUACUUUGGGCCAAACGAAUGAAAAAUUGAAGACUGAUUGUUUGACAUGUGUGAAUAGUAUUCCUCAACAAAACCUAGUACGUGAUUUUGAGAGACAGAGACAGAGUGAGAGCAAGUUGGUAGUCCCGAGUUUGUUCUACGUGCACAUUGUAUUGCUAUGAAUACAUGCAUUUAAUCUCUGCCAGAUUUGUUCCGUUUGUACAGGAAUGGCUAUUUUGCACGUAUAAUAAAUGUUUUCAAAAAUGUAUUUAUUUUAUAAACUGCUAACAUGUA